CCUUUGUCCUCGACCUCGCCCACCUCUGGACCUAGACUCUCGCCUGCCUCUCGCCUCGCCCCGUAUAGAGUAGCGCGCCAUCUCCAGCUUUGCGCUCUGGCUCCUUUCUACGCCGCUGUCUUCGGCACAUCUUGAGCGCAGCGCUGUCGGCCGACACCUCGUCCCCGCGCUUUCCCCGCUUGACCAUCUCUCACAAUGGUCGCCGACACAGAGCUGUACGACCUGCUCAACUGCGCGCCCGACGCAUCGCCGAGCGAGCUCAAGGCCGCGUACCGCAAGGCGUCGCUGGCGAACCACCCGGACAAGAACCCGGGCAACGAGGAGGCCGCCAGCGCACGCUUCCAGGAGAUCGGCGCCGCGUAUGAGAUCCUGAGCGACCCGGACCAGCGCGCUGCGUACGACCGGUAUGGCAAGGAGCAGCCCGGCAUGGGCGGAAUGGGCGGAAUGGGAGGUGGGCCAGACAUGGACGACAUCUUUGCCGAGAUGUUUGGAGGCGGACGUGGCGGAGGGAGAGGCAGGCCGCCGCCGCGCCGCCGGCCCAAGAAGGGCCAGGACAGCCGGAUCCAGUACGCCGUGACGCUGCAGGACCUGUACAACGGGCGCACGGCGCACUUCAACCUCAAGCGCGACCGCUUCUGCGGCAGCUGCGGCGGCUCGGGCGGGCGGCCAGGCGCCAAGCCGCAGCCGUGCGUCAAGUGCGGCGGCGAAGGGCGCGUGCGGCAGCUGCGCGACAUGGGAGGAGGCAUGGUGGCGCAGUCGUUCGGCACGUGCAACGCAUGCGAGGGCGAGGGCGAGAAGGUGCGGGAGAAAGAGCGCUGCAAGAAGUGCAAGGGCGCAAAGGUCCGACAGGAGGCGACGAAGCUGGACAUUGUCAUUGAGCGCGGCAUGCAUGAUGGCCAGUGCAUCGUCUGCAAGGGCGAGAACGACCAGGAGCCCGGCGUGCCUGAAGCAGGCGACCUGAUCUUCCAACUCUCGCUGCAAGAAGACCCGUCGUUUAGCCUCAACGGCCUCGACCUGCUCUGCACGUGCCGCCUGACGCUCUCCGAGGCGCUGCUGGGCUUCGACCGCACCGUCUUGACGCAUCUCGACGGCCGGCAGAUCCGCGUGGAGCGCCGCGCAGGCGCAAUCACGCGGCCAGGAGACGUGCAGCGGGUGCGUGGCGAGGGCAUGAUGACACAGGGCGAUCGUGGAGAGCGAGGUGAUUUGUACAUUCGCUGGGAGAUCGACUUUCCGCCAGACAACUUCCUCUCAGAUGUGGACUCGCUCAAAUUGGCCCACUUGCUCCCGCCCAAGCGGCCCUCGCCGCCGGCAGACGCGACGACGACGGUCGAGACUGUCGCGCCCGAGACGGCGCCGCUGGAGGAGUUUGGACGCAAUGCGCUGCCCAGCCAGGAGCACGAGUGGGAGGACGACGACAUGUCGGCCGGGGGAGGCGGCGGCGGCGGGCCGCAGUGCGCACACCAGUAGAUGCUGCACGUGAACGUAGAGCUGGAUAUAGACGUGACUGUCACUGUGCUUGCUUGCCAUACUAUGCUCUUCAUCCGGA